CGUGAUUAAAUUGGAAUCUCAUGAUGCGAGACUUCCUGUUUUAGCCCCGAUUAGAGAUCUGCUGUUAUUUCUGUGAUGUGCUGGCCACUGGUUUAAGGCAUGCAGGAGUCAGUUCAAUCCUCCACCUCCAGCUGAUCCUCUCUGGCUGAAGCUCAUCGUCCUUCCAUCACCAUGUCUGCUGAAGUGCAGACUCCUCCUCUAUCCCGACCCAGCCCUGAGUGCUUUUCCUGGGAUUAUCGUUUCCAGCUCAUCGGUCUCGGCUUUGGCUUCUACACAGCUGUAUUUGUCCUCUCCCACCUCCUGUCACUGGCUUUGUGCCGCACCUAUAAUGCUCUUUCAGCCAAGGAGAAGGUCUUCUGGAACUUGGCAGCCACUCGUGCAGCAUUCGGCAUUCAGAGCACAGUGGCAGGACUUCGGGCUCUGACUGAGGAGUCCGCCCUAAACAAUGACAAAGUGAGGGGUCAGGAGGAUUGGUCCUGGUUUCACGUCCUCACAGCUACAGGCUUUUUUGUGUUUGAAAACGUGGCACUCCACACAUCUAGUGUGGUGUUCCAGUCAUUCGACCUGCCCUUGGCCACCCAUCAUUUCUUCGCCCUGUCGGGCUUUGCAGGCGCCGUAGUGUUUGAUUCUCAGGGACACUUCCUGGCCAUGGUUACUCUCCUACUGGAGAUGAGUACGCCUUUUACCUGCAUCUCCUGGAUGUUGCUGAAGGCCGGCUGGGCUCGCACUCUCUUCUGGAGAGCCAACCAGUGGGUGAUGAUCCACAUGUUCCACUGCCGCAUGGUGCUUACUUAUUACAUGUGGUGGGUGACGGUGACCCACUGGGAUGGGAUUAACACCCACGUGGCGCUUUCCCAAAGGCUGAUCUUCUUCUCGGGACUCGCUCUGCUCACGUUCAUCAUCAACCCCAUCUGGACGCACAAGAAGACCAUGCAGCUGCUGAAUCCCGUCGACUGGAACUUUGGGAACAAACCGGCGCCGGUUAAUGGCACCGUGGGAGAUCAUUCUGCGGUUUCUACGAAACCUCAUGAAAGCUAAAAAGCAUUUGAAAGGUCCAACCCUGUCUACCUUUUGCUACUUUUCUUAUCCACUUCUUUUAAGUUUAAGAUGAACACCUAUGGAAACGUGAAGAGCACAUUUGGUAUGUGGGAUAUGAUGAUGUGUUCUCCAGGUCUGGGAUGCAUCAGGGGUUUUUUUUGUUUGUUUUUGGUACUUGUGUUUCUUCCAGCCUGUUUGGUUUAAAAAGUUGGUUCUUCUUUUUUUUUUUUGUUAAGCAUAGUUGUCUCAUAUCUGGCUUAAUGUGUUUUAUUUCUUCACAAAAUGCAUAACAGGAGUUUUGGCUAACUUGUUUAACUGCAGCAAUGUAAGGUUUUAAAUUCACAUUUUUAAUAUCUUCUAUUGAACAUUUAGAGAAUUAAAUUUUAUUUCUUAUACAUGCCCGAUGCUCUCUGUGUGAGGGAGAUGUGAAAAUGGACUGUUUCCCCUCUCACUAAUGAAUUAACUCUGCCCUUAUCGCACACAUGACAUGGCUUUGUGUUUAAAUUGAGGAAAUUGGCUCAUUUAUUGGAUUCGUUUAAACCUUAGUGGGCAAAUUGGUUCGCAGUGGUCUCAGAGUAAAAGUCUUCCCAUGUCAGAUCGGUCACCAGCAUCACUCAGAAAGCAUUUCUCCUUCAUUGGAGGAAGAAAGCCUCAGUAUUGUUUCUUUCACAAAGGCCCUACUGUCUGAAACGGAGAUGCAAUUUGACUAAAACGGUGUUAAAAACAGAACAAACUGGUUUCAUUUCAACCGAGAUUUAUUUUAAAAUUCUUUCAUCUGAAGAAGCUGGGGUUUAUUUAAUAGGUCUUAAACAUUUGUUUGCUUUAUAUUGCUCAGAGUUGCUGAAUUGUGUUUUAUUUGCUGUAUGAAUGGUGCCUCAACUGACAUGUUUGUUUUUUUUCUUUGGGGGGGGGGUUGCCCAGCAUUUACCCAGUUUUAUUUUUGCAAAUUGAAAUUUGGUCUAAAAAUAUCCUCUAAAUCCCACUGCUAGAACUUCUUGCUCUGGUUAUUGAAAUGUCAGAACAAUUGCACAACACAGGAAAACAUGUAAUUACAGCUUUUUUUUAUUUUUCUAAACUGAAUUUAACAUUCUGUUCGACUUAGCUCUUACAAUCUUGAUUACUAUUAUUAAUAACAAAUGUAAAAAUAAAAGCAAUGAAUGUCUCUUGGAGAGUCAAAAUUAUUAAGUUAUUUGUAAUCAGGGCUCCAGUCUAUGGCACCGCAAAUUUAAAAUCUAUCAAAAGUGUAUUUAAAUAGUUUUAUCUAUCAUACAAAAAAUUGAGCUUUAAAUGUCUGACAUUGUGUUAUUUCUUUAGGAAUAACUUGUGGAACUAAAGGAAGUCUUGUGGGUUCAGUUCUGCUUUUUCAACUUUAGCAGCACUGUGUGUUGGUGAACUCUGGGCAAUGCAAUAAUGUUGGGUUUGAAAUAAAAAAGGAUUUAUGAUACA